AUUUAAUAUUUGUAGUCCGAAGAAAUCGAACUCGAACUCAAAAAAAAAAAAAAAAAAAAAAAAGGAAAACUCGAAAAACUGUCGCUGAGAGUUUCGUUGGCUGUGAUUGAGUGCUCCCAUGGCGCCCUCCAAGCUCGCCAUUCUCUCGAUUUUUCUUGCCCUAAUUUUCUCCCAGAUUCGGGCUGACAGGCCACGAUUUAAACUCCCGGAAGGCUUAUUGUUCUUUAAACGCCCGGAAGGCUCAUCGUUCGACCCGUCCACUUCGAAUACAGAAGAAAACGAAAUAAAAGAGAACAACGAGCUUAUAAAAGAGAAGGAGAAAGUAAUUCAACCCAACUUGGAUAAAAUUUCUUCGAUGGAACUCCAACUAAAAAAGAACGAUAAGCUUAUAAAAGAGAAGGAGAAAGAAAUUCAACACAACUUGGAUAGAAUUUCUUGGAUGGAACUCCAACUAAAAAAGAACAAUGAGCUUAUAAAAGAGAAGGAGAAAGUAAUUCAACACAACUUGGAUAGAAUUUCUUCGAUGGAACUCCAACUAAAAAAGAACAAUGAGCUUAUAAAAGAGAAGGAGAAAGUAAUUCAGCAGAAAUCGGAUAUAAUUUCUUCCUUGCGGAGUGAAAUCGAGUCUCUCCAGAAAAACGGGUCAUUAGUUGAGCAGCAGGUUGGGAAGGCUCAAGCCCGUGCCGAUGAACUAGAGAAAAAGGUUAAUGAACUUGAACAGAAAUUACAAUCGCAACGUAAAGAGAAAGAAGACUUGGAAUCCCGGGCAAAUGAAGCUGAGGAGAAGAUCAAUGGUUUGCUUUCAGAAAUAAAGAAUACUGGGAAGACUAAUGAGGAGCAGGAGACCAAAAUCCGUAAAACUGAGCAUGCUCUUGAAGUUAAAGUGGCUGAGGUGGAAAUGUGGAAGGCGAAAUUUGAAGCUACUCUAAAAGCAAAAGUGUUAAAUGAGGUUAACGAAGAUCGGAUAAAUGAAGCUCAUAAGAAGAUUGAUGAUUUGGUUUCCAAAAUAGAGAAUGUUAACGAACUUGAAAAGGAAUUACAAUCGCAAAGUCAUGAGAAAGGGGACUUGAAAGACCGGGUAAAUGAAGCUGAGAAGAAGAUAGAUGAUUUGAUUUCAAAAAUAAAGAAUGUUAAUGAAUUUGAAAAGGAAUUACAAUUGCAACGUAAUGAGAAAGGGGACUUGAAAGACCGGUUAAAUGAAGUUGAGAAGAAGAUCGAUGAUUUACUUUCAAAAAUAGAGAACGCUCUGGAGAAAAAAGCCCAGGCUGAAAAGUGGGCUGAACCCCAUGUGGAAACAACGAAAACUAAAUGGAUCCCUGCAAUCAAGGAACAAUGGCUGGUGGUGAAGGAUACUGUUGAACUUCAUGUGAUAUCGUUGAGUAAUACAACUAUUGAAGUUUAUGAGGUUUCAAAGACUACAAUAGCUCCACAUGUUAUAAAAGCACAAGAAGUUGUUGAUCUUUACUUUCAGGAAGCAAAAAAGUUCAGCGAGCCAUAUGUUGAUCUGCUGACCACUGUGACAAAACCUCAUGUCGAUAAGGCAGUUAUUGCCUACGAGAAGUUUCUCAAAUCUGCAUCAACAUACCAUCAUCAGGUUCAAGGGACAGUAAAAGAUUUGCUGAAGAGGCAUGAACUGACAAGACCUCUUGCUAUAAAGGAGUUGGAGUGGUUUGCGGCCUCGGCUUUGGUGGCCCUGCUCAUCAUAAUUCUGUUCAGAAUUUUCUCUUCACUUUUCUGUACAAAGACUAAAAAACCUGUUCCAGGUUCCAACCAUGCGCGUCGUAACGCUAAAAGGGGCCAUCCAGAGAAGUAAGCUGCUACUGGCUUUGUUUACAUGUCCUUUUUCCGUGCAUGAUUGAAUCGUCUGUGUAAAAUGUUAGAAACUGUGAUGCACCAGUUAGACGUUAAGAUAAGUCUAGGAGUUGGUGGUGGUGGGCGGCUUUUACUUAUGUUGUUGAAAGGUGUAUUUUAGUUUAUCUUUUUAGUGUAUUUGGAAUAAAAGCUGACAAACUACAUAUCAAUAUUAUUCUAUAUAAGUGGGGUUACGAUCAUAAAUAA